UCUCUCUCUUCAAUGCUACUAAUUGUACCAAGAAGAGGAAAGUUUGGGGAAGGUUGUGCGCAGACACUGCCCCCCUUUUCCAAACACAAACAACACACCCAAAAUACCCCCCGCCUGCACAAGACACAGCGACCACACUCAGACAACGGACACCACGCGCACACACACAUUGCCUUCUGAAUCCAAUACUACUUCCUCUGUCUAAGCUUAGACCUCCCUUUGAACCCAUAUAUCUCAUCAUACUUGAAGUACAUAUUUUGGGUUCUUUUUACUUUUUGUUCACUGCAAAUCAAUCUUCUUCACUCUCUUUUUGUACCUACGAAAUGGCGAAAACCCAUUCGAAGUGCAGAGAGUGCGAUCUGUGUUUGGGCUUAAACAUGGGUUUCGUUUGAACCUUUUAAUUUGUUCUCCACUUGGAUUGCUUUUCUGGGUGUUACACACACACACAUACUCUGCUUUUUCUUCUGGUGUAGUGAAGGAGGUGGUGGUGGUGUUGGUGGGUAUGAACAGUACGAGUAUGGUGGCGGCGACAUCAAUGGCCGCAGGGAUGAGGUCUUCACAGUCUCCGUUCACGGUGUCGCAGUGGCAGGAGUUGGAGCAUCAAGCACUCAUCUUUAAGUAUCUAAUGGCUGGACUCCCUGUCCCACCUGAUCUCGUACUCCCCAUUCAGAAGAGCUUCGAAUCUGUGUCUGCUAGAUUCUUUCACCAUCCCACCAUGGGUUAUUGUUCUUUUUAUGGGAAGAAGGUGGAUCCGGAGCCGGGUAGAUGCAGGAGGACCGAUGGCAAGAAGUGGAGGUGCUCCAAGGAUGCAUACCCGGACUCCAAGUACUGCGAGCGGCACAUGCACCGUGGCCGCAACCGUUCAAGAAAGCCUGUGGAAUCACAAACUGUCUCACAGUCCUCAUCCUCUACACUCACAUCUCUGACUGUCACCGGAAGCAAUGGCAGUGGUGCUGGAACUGGAAGCUUCGCGAACCUUCCGCUGCACGCCUUUAGUGACCCCCAAGGCCCAGGGUCUGGAAGCAACCAAUCUCAGUUCCAACUGGAGCCCAUUCCCUAUGGGAUCCCUCACAAAGAUUACAGGUAUAUCCAUGGACUUAAAUCUGAGGUGGGCGAGCAUAGUUUCUUGUCAGAAGCUUCAGGAAUCAAUAGGGAUCUGCAAAUGGAUUCAUCUGUAGACAAUACAUGGCCUCUAAUGCCAUCUCGAGUCUCAACCUUCCCUGCAUCAAGAGCAAGUAACAACUCCAUUUUGCAGACUGACUAUCCUCAGCAUUCGUUUUUCAUCAACGAAUUUGCCUCAGAACCUGUCAAACAAGAGGGUCAGUCUCUUCGACCCUUCUUUGAUGAAUGGCCCAGAACCAGGGACACUUGGUCUGGCCUUGAAGAUGAGCGAUCCAACCAGACCUCAUUCUCCACAACCCAGCUCUCAAUUUCCAUCCCAAUGGCUUCAUCUGACUUUUCCGCAGCAAGUUCCCGAUCUCCGCAAGAUAAUUGAACGAAGCAUGGUUUCCCGGGGGUAUCUGGGUGAAGGCUAUAUUCUGGAAGGCCCGAUCAAGUUCUAGCUGGUUGACUUGUGUGCUCGAGGAAGAUUCCCCGACUCGUUCCCAUUAGAUAUCUCCAUUAGUUGUGGGUUUUAUGCAUGAAUGUUUGUCUGAAAUUGCAUUUGUAAGCUCAGAUCUUAUUAGGUAGGAAAUAAAACAUACUCUUUGACAGUUUGUCUGAGAAUCGAGAACCUUGUGUUUGUAACGCAAUGCAAGUGGAACAGGCUUGGGUUUGAUGGAAUUUGCUUCCAGUUAAAUUGAAUAAAGUUACUUCUA